UACUUGUACUCUGUUUGAAAAAGAAGUAAUACUUCCAGAAGAUUUUCUUUAAAUAGUAGGUUAAUUGUGGUAUUUAAAGGGAUAAGCUGUCAUUUUCUGGAACAGAUAUGUGGAACAAUCCAUUCAGAUGGUUGUGGGUAAAUGAGGUGUUAUAUUUGGUCUGUGCUGACCUCUUGCUAUUCUAAUUCCUUCAUUGUUUUUCAUGUUCUUAUCACCAGUGGAAACAACUUUUGAUUUCUUCAAAAUUUUUUCUAGGAAAUGAAUGUUGGAAUUUCAUCUCUCUGAGACCCUAGUAACCAGUUUCAUUGCUUCUACGUUUCUCCCCCUCCAUAUACCUAGCCCAUUCUCCAAAAUACCACUGGAUUUACCUUUUAAAGAGCUUAUGAGAAGUUGUUGUGGAUGCCACUUAUAAAUCCAUUUACCAGAUUUAUGGAGAAAUCUGCAAUUGAUGGAAGUCAUUCAGAAAAACUAUGUCCUCAUUUUAAAAGUACCCCAGAGAAUGAACGUUUAUUGCAGCCUGCCAGUGAAAGUCAUCUCAGCUGUGGAAAGCAGGACAUCCUAAAUGAAAAGACUGAACUGGAAGCAACAUUUAAGGAAGCUGAAUUGGCAACCUGUUCUGUAGAAUUAUUUUUGCCAUUAUUUAAGGAUACUGUUGAAGAGAUUAGUUUUGAAAAUGCUAAUCUUUUUGCAUUCAAUUUGAAGAUUGCUAAACAGAAGGAAAAAUUAACAAAAGAAGUAGACACUUUUAAACAUGUAAAACAAGCUUUAGAACAUCUUCUUAGAAAGAAGAAUCUGAAACAGGUAGAGGACAGUUUAUCCAGCAUGUUAGAGAAGCUAACUGAUAAUGAAAAUGAAAAUACUAAUCUUAAGAAGAAGCUACUUGAAAAGGAGACCUAUAUUCAAGAACUUUCUUGUUUGUUUCAGAAUGAAAAGGCAAAUGCUUUGAAAGCAAACCGUUUUUCACAAUCAGUAAAAGUAGUACAUGAACGACUACAGCUCCAAAUUCGUAAAAAGGAAGCAGAGAAUGAUAAAUUAAAAGAAUAUAUAAAGAAUUUAGAAACCAAGAUAACUGAAUGGAACUUAGAACUGAGAAAGAAUAAGCAUGAAGCUGUAGCAAUGAAAGAAUCAAGUAGGCAAAAAACUAUAGCUCUAAAAAAGGCAUCUAAAAUUUACAAACAAAGGCUUAAACACUUUACUGGAGACAUGGAAAACCUUACUUCCCAAAUUAGAGAUCGGGAAGCCAAGCUGUCCGAAACAAUUUCAGCUUCCAAUGCCUGGAAAAGUCAUUAUGAGAAAAUUGUAAUAGAAAAAACUGAAUUGGAAGUUCAGAUUGAAACAAUGAAAAAGCAAAUUACUAAUCUUUUGGAAGACCUGAAGAAAGUAGAAGACGUUGGUAAAAAUUCAUGUGAAGAAAUUCUUAGAAAACUUCACUCAGUUGAAUAUGAAAAUGAAACUCUGAAUCUUGAGAAUACAAAAUUAAAGACUACACUUGCUGCUUUGAAGGAUGAGGUUGUUUCUGUUGAAAAUGAACUCUUAGAAUUGCAAGAAGUAGAAAAACAACAGAAAGCCCUUAUUGAAGUAUAUAAAACUCAGAUACAAAAGUUGCAAGAAGCAGCUGAAAUGGUGAAAAGCAGAUGUGAAAAUUUGCUACAUGAAAAUAACCUAAUAACAAAAAACAAAAAUAAAAAGUUAGAGAAGAUGAGAGGCCAGACGGAGUCUCAUCUGAAGGAGUUAGAGCACGUCCGCGAUUCGGUGACGGCGGCGGAACGGAGGCUUCACGAGUGUCAGGAGAGUGUGCAGCACUACAGGGAGAGAUGUGCGGACAAGGUGCACACUGUUAGGGAGCUUCAGGGCCAGGUUGAUGGAAAUCAUAAUCUUCUAAAAAAGCUUUCUUUGGAAGAGGAAAAUUAUCUUAUUCAGUUGAAGUGUGAAAACCUUAAACAAAAAUUAGAACAGAUGGAUGCAGAAAAUAAAGAGCUUGAAAAGAAACUGGCAAACCAAGAAGAAUGUCUUAAGCACAGCAAUCUUAAGUUUGAAGAGAAAUCUGCAGAACAUACAGCAUUGGCCAGACAGCUGGAAGCUGCUUUAGAAGAAGGAAGACAAAAGGUUUCUGAAGAAAUAGAGAAAAUGUCAUCUAGAGAGAGGGCUUUACAGAUUAAAAUAUUAGAUCUGGAAACUGAGCUUAGAAAGAAAAAUGAAGAACAAAGUCAACUUGUUUGCAAAAUGAACAGUAAAGCACAACACCAGGAAGUAUGUUUGAAAGAAAUACAAAAUAGUCUUGAAAAGUCGGAGAAUCAAAAUGAGAGUAUUAAGAAUUAUUUACAGUUUCUUAAAACUUCUUAUGUAACAAUGUUUGGAUAAAUUGUUGGAUUUAUUUUCUAUAAGUGAUAGGAUUUUACUUUAAGUCUAAAACAUGAUUGGGUAAUAAAUAAACUUUAAUUUACGGGUGGGAGUAGUAGAGUUUUUAUGUACAUUUUUAAAAUAUAAUUUAUUAUCCAAUUGCAACUUUAAGAUAUAGAUGUCAGUAUUCCUUUUUGCCAGAUAAUUUCCACUUAGCUCUAGUUUAAUUUAAUACUUAUUUAAAUGAUACUGGUUUUUAGAAUGUUUUUCACGUACACAAAAGAAACCAGAAUCUUGUUUAUAGCCACCAUUUAAGUGAAUUUGUAAUAAAGCUAGGCCAAUUAUGAGCCAAAUACAUGAUUUUGAAUAACCCAUAUAAUUUGUUUUACAUUGUGGCGCGCUAUAUAUAUAUAUAAUCAAGGAAAAUAUUCUGGAUAUUAAUUUUUAAUAAUGGUAUAAGUACAUACUUUCUAAAGAUUCCAAAUGUCUCAAUGUACUUAAUACCGUUUCAAGUAUGAUGCGAUGCUAAUUUCUGUGAGGCUUUUAAUAUAGAAUUUUAAAUUAUAGCUAUUAAAUGCCAACUGAUGGUGACAGAUGAAAA